AUGCAUAUGCUCCACUUCAACCCUAGCUCCCUCUUCUUCCCGUCAAAACCCACUUCCUUAACUCCUCUCUCGCCGGCCGGUCCCACUUCUCUCCGCUGCUUUGCAGUCGGAGGCGACGUCCCCGCCGGGCCAGACUUCCCCAGGUGGUUCCCCUUCAUUUCUUCUUCUUCUGCUGCUGCUGAUGCCGCCAGCAUCCGGAUUGGUAAAGACUCCGACGGCGGCGGAGGAGGAGUUGGUUACGGCUCCGGUGGAGUGGACGGCGGCUUGUCCCAGAGGCGGAGUAACGGCGGCCUGAGUGGAAGCAGGUUGAACGCGAGGGAGAAGAAAUGGUCGAGGAAUAGAGAUAGCUACCUGGUGGAUGAUGAGGAUGUGCUCCCUCUCCCCAUGUCUUAUCCCAAUACUAAACCCGUCACUCCAGAGGAGAUUGAUAAGCGAUUGAGAUGUGACACUGAAAUUGAGGCAAGUAAAGUUCCAAGAACAUGUAAAGCUGAGAACUUUUAUGUUUUAAGGCAUAAUAGGGUCAAUGGGGUGUCAAUGGUUCCAGUAUGUGAAUUUCAUUUCUGGAACUGUAGGAUUGCAGGGAAGUGGUUUAUGAAUGGACUGGAAAGUGCAGGAGUUGCCAAGGGUCAGGGGAUGUCAGUUAUUUUAACAAGAGAGGGAAGGAGGUUAUCUGCAAAUGCGUGCCUUGCCAAGGGAUCGAUAAAUGUAGGAUAUGUGCAGAAGAUUACUGCUCGGAAGGACAUUGAAGUAAUGGAGAACUUGGACAACGGAAAGCCACCAUGAGAUCGAUCAUCGUGUUUCUUUUAGGUUCAGACUUCAGAGUAUACUUCCCAUGAAUUCUGGUUUUCGUACAGAACUAUAUAGAGAUUGACAAGCAUAUCUUGACAUGGAGAAUAUAGGGCAAAAAGUGAUGGGCAAAGGGCUUCAAAUUUGUUAACCUUUUUGAAAAGGAAUCUAUUCUUUCCGUUGAGCUUCUUCAACCACAGCUUUCUUUUUCCAUAUGUACAUCUCUUGAAGAGGUUCCUCGCAGGUUGAUCUCAGGAAUAAAAGAAAGCCC